AUAACCUGACACAAAUUGAAAAAUGUGACAUUUCAAAAUCUAACGAACUGCUGUACCACUAUUAUGGCUUCUGGUAGUGAAGAGUAUUGGGAGGAACAGUUUCACGGAAUGGCACAAGAAAGUGCUACAAAAUGUUAGAGAUGCUAUUAGUGAUGGAUCAAUUACAAAAUGUCUCUGCAAAAGGUUUUUGGGGAAAAUAGAAAGUCUGACAAACAAUCUGCACAACGACGCUCCAUCUUCCUGGGCACCACAGCCAGUCCUCCAGCUGCCACAGUCAUUCUUCUCAAUCAUUUCCACCCGUUCAGCAGGUGCUGCUGCUGGUUCUUGCAGAUGCUGUCUACAUAGCAAAACAUGCUGAACAAAUAAAAAAAUGGAGACUUGCAGAGAAAUGAGAAAAACAUUUUUAUCUUAAGCAAGUAUGAAAAAUGAAUUCAGUUUGUUCUGGGUGUUUUUAUGUUAUUGUCCAGUGUUUUGUUUUUUGGGUUUUUUGUAAGUUUUCGAAAUAGAUGAUCCUCCUUGUCAUUUUAAGGUCUUUAAUCUGGGAAGAGGUAUGUGACAAACCCAAUUUAGAUGUCUAAAUUUGGGUUGUUUGGAAAUCGUAUGGACACUGUUGAUAUAAAGACAUUAACAAUGUAUUGAUUUUAGAUAUUGAAGUUUUUUUGUUUUUUUUUUUCCUGGCAAAACUUAUCUUUGGACACCUCCCUUUGCAAACUAGAAACCCGCAGUUUACAUCAAGCAUCUAAUUACUAAAAAAUCAACUGCACCUUACAAAAAUCCUCUGGACCUCAUGUUGAGGAAAUCUCUGAUAAUAAUACAAAAAAAACCCCACACUUUUACACAUUAAACAAACUUGCUUUAACAAAACAGAACAUUUCAUUUAAAUUUCAAAGGCAGAUAAUGUUUAUACUUUUGAAAUUGCUAAAAGUGGAUAUAUUUACUUGAAUUCUGAAAAUUACGCCCAUUAACUGUCUAUCUGAAUCAUAAUGGCCUAAGGCCUCUAUGUAGUGUGUAGGUGGAAUGGUAUGUUCAGGUUUGUGUGACUUCUUAUUUGCUUAAUGUAGCUACUUUAUUGGCUCAGGCCUUUGUAUGAAGCACAGUAUUUCAAGACUAUAGCACUAUUGUUCUCAUUAAAAGGGCAUGUGUUCUUCUGACAGGAGGAGUCAGAAAGAGAUCUGACAGACAGAUAGAUACCUUCAGUCUCAACUUAGUUUCUGAGAGACAGGUGGAUCUGCUUCCUCAUGCCUGGGAUGAUUGUACUGGUAAACCACUCCUUAUUGGAAACAAAGCUUGCACUAUAAAGAUAAGAAGAACCAAAAGACCAACGCAAGGGGGGAAAACCAAAAAACAGGAAUUCUAAUAUUUUGUCAGACAUGGCUACCAUUGGGCAAAUCAUCUUUGGGAGCAUGAUCGCUAUCAUGUUAGUUCUUUCUGGAAUCAUUAUCCUCAUUCUAGCAGCGUCACUUGGAGGAGGAAACACAAGCUCAAUAGUAGAAAGCAGAUUCAAGUUUCCAGUAGGAAACUUAGACGGCGAUGUUAUGCUGGAUUGCAAAUUCAUUGCAGUUGACUCAGGUGGCAAACCAGUUACCACAAUAAUCGUUACUUGGGAGAAGGAGGGUUCGACAGGAGUUGUUCAUAAGUAUGCAAGCAACGUCAACCAGCUCCAGGACCAGAAUCCAAGCUACAAGGACAGGACCUUUGUCUUCCCUGAUCAAAUCAACAAUGGCAAUGCAUCAUUGCUGCUGAGAAACGUUCAGUGGGGUGACGGGGGGUCUUACACAUGCUCUGUUAGUAACUCCAAUGGGCAAGGAAAGGUCAAUGUGAACCUCAGAGUUGCAGCUUAUUCAGCUCCACAGUUUACCAUAGGGGCUACAGGUCAGGCAGCGACACUAAAGGCUGUGGCCCAGAGGUGGUAUCCAAAACCUACUGUUUCUUGGACAGACUUUAAGGGAGCUAAUCUCACCGGGGAAACAGAAUUCUCUAACAAUUCUGCCGGAAUAUUCAAAGUGACAUCUGUUCUGAAGACAGUGAAAGUUGAUGACAGCUACGAGUGCAUAAUUGAGAAUGCCUUAGUCAAAUCGGUUUCCAAAGCAUUAAUAACAGAUUCUGGAGUAACUGAGAAGAAUUACUUUAAGAUGAACAGCGCAGCCGUGCCCUUGCCUCACUGGCUGAUCUUCUCCUUUCACUUUCCUCUUUGGACGUACUGGAUACUUUCUUAAAAUGAGUUCUUAAAAAGACUGCUGCUUGUACAGAAGACCAGUAAAAACAUAAAAGACAUGAUGAUCUGAUCAAGCUCUGUUUGAUUAUUUAAUUGAAGUGAUAGUUCCAGUGCUCCACAACAUUCAUGAAAUGUGAUUCUUAUAAAGACCCACAAGGCUACCUGUUGGAAACAAGUGGGAAGAAAAAUGA